AUGGCGUACCUACAGCGCUUCGUGCUGGCAGCCAACAAAAGCGUCACGCGAGUGAGUCGGAGAAAUUUUGGUGGAGGAUGGAUCUGCGCAUCUCGAGAUUAUGACGGCUUCAAGCGAUCGUUGACUGAACCUUUGAGACACGCUGAGUCUUCUGGGCGGACGUUUCAGAACAUAUUCUUGUUCGCCUCAGUACCGUGCCUUUUGCUGGGUAUGUACGGAGCCUACGUCGACCACGCAGCGCGCAAGAAACGCGAACGACCGAAGUAUAUCGCCCUGACAAUAUCUGAAAUGUCACCGGACAGCGUAAGUGCGCGCUAG